AUGGCGUCAACUCAGCAUGGCAUCGGCUCCUCAGCUGCCUCUUCAAAUAUCAAUUCCCCAGCUCCAAGCGUCCCAACCAUAACCGAUACCCAAGUAGCCAAGGCUUCACCUGCCCCCAGCAUUCCUAUCACAACAGGCGAACAACGAUCUAAGCGAAACAAACGAGACAGUCGCAAAAAGCGUGAGGCUAAGGGACUCGAUGCAGAUGUAGCUGCGCCGCCUCCUCGAAAGAAGGCAGCUUUGGCGGCAGCAGCUUCGGGAAGGCCGUCUAACCUACUGUCUAUGCUUAGACCGGCACUGUUGGCUGAACCUCGAACGUCGGAUUUAUACCCACCGCAACCAAGGCAGAUGAAUUUCAUGUGUAGGAAGUCUUCAGAUGUGAUAGGACAGAGCUGGGAUUUCUACGAGGUGGUCGAUAAACUUACCAACAAGAAUGGGUUCCGAUAUAGUUAUGCGAUUUCUGAUCCAAAGUUUACGAAUAUAAAAUAUCGACAAACCGACGUCGCGCCAUAUCAUGCUCGUUUCAGUUUUGAGGACUCACCCUCGGCGAUUGCAUUUACACAAGAUGGGCUGGCAGUUACGACGACAGAUGCAUGGCAUUCCGCUCGAGCCAAUGUCUGCGCACGAGAAGGCGCAUAUUAUUACGAAGCGAAGGUGAUUAGUGGUAUUGUUAGGGAUCCGCAACCUACGGCGACGACUGAGGGAAAUGCAUCUUCCACCAAGCCUUCAAGGGGUCAUGUCCGGCUUGGGUUUGCCCGACGAGAAGCAGAACUAGACGUCAAUGUCGGAGUUGACUGUUAUGGAUAUGGCAUACGCGAUGUAAACGGGGAGGUGAUCAAUCGCAUGCGCUGUGAGCACUUUUUCGACAAAGGCGAGGAUAUUGCCGAGGGAGAUGUUAUUGGCCUACUCAUCACGCUACCUCCUUUAUCAGUCCACAAAAAGGUCGUCGAGGGAACAUAUGACCCCUCGUCUGAUAAACAAUCCACUACAUCUCCUACAGUCACAAACUUCAUUCGAGACCGGGUACCUUUUCACCUCAAAUCGGAUUUCUGCUGGCAACAAUCCAAUAUAUACCCCUCAAAACAACUCCGCGACUAUGCCUUUAACUUGAAAGAAACACCUACUUUCGGUCCACCGUCUCCAUUCAACAGCGAAGAUCCAUCCCUCCGCACUCUACCUGGUUCGAGUAUCACUAUAUUCAAAAACGGCGUGAAAAUGGGUACACCAUUCAAAGAACUCUUUGCCUUCUUGCCGCCGGCCAGUCGACUCACCAACGGUACCAACAAUCUGGGAAUCGGUGAGCGCGAGAACGCGGACGACGGCAUGAUUGGCUACUUUCCUACAGUUAGCUGUUAUGGUGGCGGAGCUGUGGAAUGCAAGUUUGAGCCUCCGUGGUGGUUUGGUCCUCCGCCUGUUGUGGAGGAUGAUAUCAAAAGUGAAAAAGAAGAUCAGAAGAAUCAGGAACAAGCAACUGUUGUGAAACCCUUUGGGGAACGAUUCAAUGAUCAAAUUGUCGAAGAUAUUGUGGCCGACAUGGUAGAUGAGAUUGAAGCGGUGAUGUUAUGGGGCAGUGAAACUACAGAUGCAGAUGGGACUACAAGAACCGCGAAUAACGCCGGCUUUACCGCCACCAAACAAAACACCAAAAACCCUCGACCCAGUCCUAGUAACACCUCUGCUGCUGCUCCGACAGUGAUCAGCACCGAACUCGUUAACGGCUCUUCAUCAACGGUCAUGCCUGCAACCGGCCAGCAAACUGUUGAUGUUGUGCAGCAGGGUGUCGGUGCGGUGUACCAAGCAGCCAUGUCGGCGACUGAUGCGCCGCCUACUGUUACAGUCAAUGUAGGGACGCAGGGUGCUGAUACAGUUGGGAAUGAGGAUCAACUCAUGUCCGGUCUGGAAUCGGUGGCUGCACAAGGACAGCAUGAUGAGGAUGUUGAAAUGAGUUAG